AGUAAUUAAUGUUUGUCAGUAAACAUACAAAAUGAUGAAAGCACAUACAUGUUCACAACUGCAUAGCGCAGUUUGCGUUUAACACACUUUUUAUGGUUUUUACACUAAUUCCUUUGCAUUAUUAUGAGUGGGUAAAACAGAAAAUGCAAAUUGUAUGUCAGUGAUUCAAUGCUUGUUACUCUUUCACAGUCUGAAUCUAAAAUAUCUUCUGAUUUUCAGAGAUGGAGGAAGCUAGUUUGUGCCUUGGUGUUUCUUCAGCUGUGCCAGAAGCUGACGCCCAUCUCAACAGCACCAUACUCAAUGGGCAGUAUUCAAUGAGCCAGAAGCUGCACCAGAUCACUUCCCAGCUCAGCCAUGCUUUUCCGGAGCUCCAGAACAGGCAGAAUCCAGAGGAGAAGGCAUCAGCACCACUAGAAGACAAAAGCCACAUGUCCAUAGCAAACCAACCCAUCAGCAGUCAGAUGGCACUGUUAGCAAACCAGCUCAACAGAGAGGUUGACACCAGUUUGAAUGGGCGUGUGGAUCUGCAGCAGUUCUUAAAUGGACAAAACCUAGGGAUUAUGUCUCAGAUGAGCGAUAUAGAGGAUGAUGCCAGGAAAAACAGAAAGUACCCGUGUCCCCUCUGUGGAAAGCGCUUUCGUUUUAACAGCAUCCUGUCGCUGCACAUGCGCACUCAUACUGGAGAGAAACCAUUUAAGUGUCCGUAUUGUGAUCACAGAGCAGCUCAGAAAGGCAACCUGAAGAUACACCUGCGUACUCAUAAACUCGGAAACCUCGGCAAAGGUCGUGGAAGAGUCCGAGAAGAAAACAGACUUUUACAUGAGCUGGAGGAGAGGGCGAUUCUUCGGGACAAGCAGAUGAAGAGCAGCCUCUUGCAGCCACGACCUGAUGUGAAAGCACAGCAGCAUGCUCAGCCAAUGCCUCUCACAAAUUGCAACUUGUCUGUGCCAGCUAAUCACAGCACACCUGAUAUUUCAAACCCUGUUCCUUCUCCAAAACCAGUCAGUGUCCAGGAAGAAGUUGUUGCUCAGACAGCUGGGUUCAGAUGCACAUUUUGCAAAGGCAAGUUUAAAAAGCGAGAAGAGCUGGACAGGCACAUAAGGAUCCUGCACAAGCCUUACAAGUGCACCCUAUGUGACUUUGCUGCCUCACAGGAAGAGGAGCUGAUCAGCCACGUGGAGAAGGCUCACAUAACCGCAGAGUCAGCGCAGGGCCAGGGCUCCAAUGGGAAUGGGGAGCAGUCCACCAACGAGUUCCGCUGCGAGGUGUGUGGCCAAGUGUUCAGCCAAGCCUGGUUCCUAAAAGGCCACAUGAGGAAGCACAAGGAUUCCUUUGAACACUGCUGUCAGAUCUGCGGGAGGCGAUUCAAAGAGCCUUGGUUCCUUAAAAAUCACAUGAAAGUUCACCUGAAUAAGUUAUCUGUCAAGAACAAAUCUCCUAAUGAUCCCGAAGUACCUGUCUCCAUCAGCAGUAUGUCCCAGGAAGCUCAUGCAAACUUGUAUUCGAGAUACCUGUCCUGUUUGCAGAGUGGGUUUCUUCCUCCUGACAAAGCGAGCUUAAGUGAACAAAAUCAAAUCUAUAACAAAGGAGACAUGCCCAUGAAAGAGAAGGAAGUCUUGGGAAAGCUCCUUUCACCCAUUUCUGGCAUUGGCCACAGUAUUGCUGAAGGAGAUAAACACUCUUUAUUGGGCUGUCUCAAUCUGGUGCCUCCUCUGAAAUCCAGCUGUAUAGAAAGGUUACAAGCUGCCGCCAAAGCAGCGGAGAUGGAUCCAGUAAACAGCUAUCAGGCCUGGCAGCUUAUGGCAAGGGGAAUGGCCAUGGAACAUGGCUUUUUGUCUAAAGAGCAGCAGAUACAGCGCAGCCAUGAAGACACUUUGGCAAAUGCUGGAGUUAUGUUUGAUAAGGAGAAGCGGGAGUAUGUGUUAGUAGGAGCAGAUGGCUCUAAGCAGAAAAUGCCUGCUGAUUUGGUUCACAGCACUAAAAUGGGCAAUCAGAGAGACUUGCCAAACAAACUAGACCCUUUAGAAGGCAGUAGAGAUUUUUUGUCACAUGGUAUGAACCAGGGACUCGAUUACAACUUACAAAGUCAUGGAAAUGUAAAAGAAAAGCCAACUGAAUGCCCGGACUGUGGGAGGGUUUUUAGAACAUACCACCAAGUGGUUGUGCACUCCAGGGUCCACAAAAGAGACAGGAAAGGAGAAGAUGAAAUAAUCCAAGGGAGUCUUGAUGAACGUCGUGGGUCUGGCAGCGAUCAAGAGUCGCAGUCUGUCAGCAGGUCGACGACCCCAGGCUCCUCUAACAUUACUGAAGAAAGCGGAGUAGGUGGGGGUCUCUCACAGACAGGGAGUGCCCAGGAGGACAGUCCACAUCCUUCCUCGCCCUCCUCUUCAGGUAUGAUGACUUCUCCUUCCCUCUCUGCAUUGAAAACGUAGUAGCUCUAUUUGAAAUCACAGCAGCAAAGUUGUUUAUGCAUUCUGUGCUUAGGACGUUUCCUAAUGGUCCACAGAGACGCGGUGUUAUACGCCAGAACAUCUGUGUUUGGGUUCCCUCAAUGCCUUUGAGGUUAAUUCUCAGCUCACCCUCUCACCCCUCCAAGGGCAGGUUUCCUGGUCUUUCAGCUGUCGUUUCAGCCACGCCACCAGCAGCAGCAUGCAGGGUCUGUACCUGCACCAGUGGGAAUGUCAAGGCAAGGGGCUCUUCCGCCACAUUUUGGAGGACUUUUUGUUUUCCUCUUCUGUUCAUGGUGUCUCUUGCAGACCUUUCCCUUCCCUCCAUGUAAAAGGUGGAAGACAAAUGCCUUCUUUGAGGUCUUGGUCAGAGAAGUAUAACAAAUAAGGAAUGUGUUAGCUGACCUCUCUGAUUUUCCUGAUUCCCACAAUCAUAUCACUUCCUUAGCUGAAAUAUUUGCUUGCACCUGGCCACCGGAUUGAUUAAGAGGAGAUUCAGGAAAUACAAAGCACUAACUUUUUGACAAUCUUUUAACUUAUGUGAGCAUUUUAACAUGUAUGAAACCUUCUGCAUAAUUUGCAUCUGUUUGGAAGUGCAAGAAAAGUAGAAAUUGAACUGAAACAUUUUAAUUGAACCGUAUGUCUUGUUAACUUGCUGUGUAUAAAAUGGCAAAGCAGAUAAUAUUUCUUUGGAGAUGUCUAUAAAAUAUUGAGCUUCCUGGUACAAUUUUUAAAGUUACUAGCCUAUGACUGCUGAAAUAAAAUCUCCAAGUAAUAACAGGUAAGAUUUCUGGCCUCAUCUAUAUUUCCAAAGUCACUUACUAAUGGAUAGUAAAUUGAAAGUUAUAUCUUCAGCCCUUUAUAAAGAAAGCACCUCACUAAUACUGUAAUCAUUCUGCAAGUCUAACAACAGAGGAAAUCAUGCCAUAACAAAUACUCUGUUACUAAUGGCAACAUUGAUUUCUGCAAUCAGCCAUUAAGUCUAGAAAAUGAAAGACAGUUUGAGGUACCUUAAGGCAUUACGUUGCCCACUGUUAAAGAGCUGGUAGCAGGCUGUGGAGGGUAAUUCUUUGUAGUUUUUUUUCCCCCAGUUUCGAUAAAUAUUUUAGUAUUGGAGGCAAUUCACUGUUACAGUUCUUAAGUAUGUGCCAGUUUAUUUUUGUUGUUCUUGUCAUGCUCCAGUAUACUCUACUUCUGAGGCCAGAUUAGUAUAAAAAUAAAGUGUUAGUUUGCUGGCUUAUUACAAACCAGUAAAGAAAUUGUUAAGACACAUAAAUCUGCACUCCACAUUCCACAGAUUCCUAUAGUACUUAAUGCUGUUGUUUAAAUACCCAUGAAACACACUGUCUACUCUUAGAGUCAUAGCCUCGUUUACAAUUUAUUACUGGUGAGACACAUUAGAAAAUUCUGUGUAGAAACAAGAGGAAGAGACGAGAGCUAAUUUCAUACUAUAUUUAGUUGUUCAGAGUGUUUUAAGAGGAUUGAAAAUAUGUUGGGAUGAAGAUUAUUUUUAUGACUUUCACUUUCAAAAAUCCUAGAUGCUGGGGGGAGAGGGGAAUAAAAAUGCUCUUCUUCAGUACAGAAAGCAUCACUUUUGUUUUGUGGUGCCGCAGAGGGAAACAAAGAGUCUUUAAAUUGGUUGAGAGUUCAGUCCGAAGCCUUCCAGAGCUAUCUAGAAAAGUUUGUAAAGAAGAGACUGAAGUCUGAGUGCGGGUGAACUGGUACAGAUUUAAGGGGAUUCAAAACAAUGCGUGUGAAAGUUGGUUUGUUUUGAGUGCCCUGAAAACUUUAAUUCUGAGUGUUCUGCUUCAUUAAAUGUAUUGUUGUGGGAAGCCUUUCUGGUCAUCGGAGGCAAAAGAUAACACCGCCGUGUCCUUCUCUCUUUGGCCACUAAUUUAAAAUUAUUUCUGACUUAAACUGCUGUGUAUCUCAACAGUUUAUUUUCAUGCCUGAUACAUUUGGAUUGAAGCACGUAAAAAUGAAAGCAAACUGUGUGCAUUAACUGUUGCUGGGAACACAUUUGUUUCUUACUACAGAACGAGCAUUUUUAUGAAUAUCUGACUGUGUUCUUUAGUCCGGCAGCAGUCAAUCUAAGAGGGUUCUCAGUAUCAGACACGCUACUGCAGAAAGCGUGCUUGCUUUUAUAACUUCGGAAUCCGAUGGAAGGAAGAUA